AUGGUACUGGCAUUUUGUAGACGUGGUUCGGUUAUUCCCAUUUGUCUCUAUCUAUUGGUGGGGAGGUAUAUGAAGGAACGAAACAGUGGAUUGAGGAAUGAAAGCUCGAAGACAAAGAGAAUCGGGCUUUUCCAAAGAAUUACAGCAGCUUUCCCACUCCCUUUGAUUUUCAUAUACAAAAAAGUAUCUUCCACUUUCCUACCAAAUAUCUCUUUAUUCUGGCACAUAAAUGAAGGGAUCGAAGAGAUUAUGGCAGAUCAUGUUCACCAAGAAAUGACCCGAAAUUUGAUCUUGGUCCAUUUGAGAUUGUUCCUUUUAAUCGUAAUCAAAGAUGUUUUCUUGUCUCUCGUUUCUUCUCUAAACAAAUUGAAGAACCUAAUGGAUCGAAUGAAUGGAAGAAGCUAA